AUGUCUAACGAAGCUUUAAAAAGUGAGAAUUGCAAACUUAUUAAAUUGGAUGUUAGUCACACUAAAAUAGCAGAUGAAGGUGCGAAGUAUCUUAGUGAAGCUUUGAAGAGUAAGAAGUGUAAACUUAUUAAAUUGGAUGUUAGUAAGACUAAAAUAGCAGAUGAAGGUGCGAAGUAUCUUAGUGAAGCUUUGAAAACGGAGAACUGUAAACUUAUUGACUUGUCUCUUGGUUCUAACAAUAUAAGUGAUGAAGGUGCAAAAUCUCUUAGCGAAGCUUUAAAAAGUGAGAAUUGUAAACUUACUGAAUUAUAUCUUCAUAAUAACAAUAUAGGUGAUGAAGGUGCAAAAUCUCUUAGUGAAGCUUUGAAAAGUGAGAAUUUUAAACUUACUGAAUUAUAUCUUCGUGAUAACAAUAUAGGUUAUGAAGGUGCAAAAUAUCUUAGUGAGGCUUUUAAAAGUGAGAAUUGUAAACUUACUAAAUUGUCUCUUUCUCAAAACAAAAUAGGUGAUGGAGGUGCAAAGUCUCUUAGUGAAGCUUUGAAAAGUGAGAAAUGUAAACUUAUUGAAUUGCCUGUUAGUAAUAACAAUAUAGGUGAUAAAGGUGCAAAAUAUCUUAGUGAGGCCUUAAAAAGUGAGAAUUGUAAACUUACUGAAUUAUAUCUUAAUCAAAACAAAAUAGGUGAUGGAGGUGCAAAAUCACUUAGUAAAGCUUUGAAAAGUGAGAAUUGUAAACUUACUGAAUUGUCUCUUAAUGUUAACAUUAUAGGUGAUGAAGGUUCAAAAUCUCUUAGUGAAGCUUUAAAAAGUGAGAAUUGUAAUUGUAAACUUACUGAAUUGCCUGUUAGUGCUAACAAUAUAGGUGAUGAAGGUGCAAAAUAUCUUAGUGAGGCUUUAAAAAGUAAAGAUUGUAAACUUACUGAAUUGUCUCUUAAUGUUAACAAUAUAGGUGAUGAAGGUUCAAAAUCUCUUAGUGAAGCUUUGAAAAGUGGGAAUUGUAAACUUACUGAAUUAUAUCUUCGUGAUAACAAUAUAUGUGAUGAAGGUGCAAAAUAUCUUAGUGAGGCUUUAAAAAGUGAGAAUUGUAAACUUACUAAAUUGUCUCUUUCUCAAAACAAAAUAGGUGAUGGAGCUGCAAAAUCUCUUAGUGAAGCUUUGAAAAGUGAAAAUUGUAAACAUAGUAAACUGGAAAUUAGAAAAAACAUUAUAGGUGAAGAAGGUGCUAAAUGUCUAAGUGAAGCUUUAAAAAUUAAAAACUGUAAACUAAGUGAAUUGGAUAUUCGUUUUAAUAAACUUAAAGAUCAAGAGGUUAAAUGUUUUAGCGAAGCUUUAAAAAGUGAGAAUUGUAAACUUAUUAAAUUGGAUGUUAGUCACACUAAAAUAGCAGAUGAAGGUGCGAAGUAUCUUAGUGAAGCUUUGAAGAGCAAGAAGUGUAAACUUAUUAAAUUGGAUGAAGCUUUGAAAAGUGAAAAUUGUAAACUUACUGAAUUAUAUCUUCAUAAUAACAAUAUAGGUGAUGAAGGUGCAAAAUAUCUUAGUGAGGCUUUGAAAAGUGAGAAUUGUAAACUUACUAAAUUGUCUCUUUCUCAAAACAAAAUAGGUGAUGGAGGCGCAAACUCUCUUAGUGAAGCUUUGAAAAGUGAGAAUUGUAAACUUACUGAUUUGCCUGUUAGUAUUAACAAUAUAGGUGAUGAAGGUGCAAAAUAUCUUAGUGAGGCCUUAAAAAGUGAGAAUUGUAAACUUACUGAAUUAUAUCUUAAUAAUAACAAUAUAGGUGAUGAGGGUGCAAAAUUUCUUAGUGAAGCUUUGAAAAGUGGGAAUUGUAGACUUACUGAAUUAUAUCUUCGCGAUAACAAUAUAGGUGAUGAAGGUGCAAAAUAUCUUAGUGAGGCUUUAAAAAGUGAGAAUUGUAAACUUAAUGAAUUGUCUCUUAAUGUUAACAAUAUAGGUGAUGAAGGCUCAAAAUCACUUAGUGAAGCUUUGAAAAUCAAUAAAAAGAAGAUCAUGGCCGUAUCAUUUGACAGCAAUGUUGCUGAAGGCAAUGUUGAUGUUGAAAAACUAUCGUCUAGCGUGGAGACAGAGUUUAAAGAGUGGAUGUCUUGUUUCUAUUCGAAUGACAAGGAUAAAAGUUUUGGUUUUCUUGGAGUUAAGUGCUUUUACGAGUUGCAGAAUCCUAGUUUAAUUCGGGAUGCUUGCACAAAAUUGGAGACCUCCAAACAGACUAACAAUAGAGAAAUCUUUUUAAAUGUUGUUACUUUUACGCCACUUGAUGCUAGUUCACUUUUUGGAUUUUUAUCUGAAUGUGAGCAUUUAACUAAACUAGAAUUUACUUCAUGCAAAUUUCUUGACGAUCAAAGCUGUCUCAGUGCGAAAAAAAUUUUAUCAAAUGGCACAGCUGAAAAGUUACUGUCUUUGCAAUUUAAGUCGUGUACCGUUAGUUCUCAUUUUUGGAAACAUCUUAGUGACGCUUUUACAAGUGAGAAUUAUCAAGUCACUGAUUUGAAUAUAAGUCUUAACAGUCUAUCGUUAAAAGCUGCAGAGUAUCUUAGCGAGGCUUUACAAAAUAAGAGUUGUAAACUUAGGAAAUUGGAUAUUAGUAAAAACACGAUGACUGAUGACGGUGCUAAAUAUCUUCAAAUGGCUUUAACUUCUAAAAAUUGGCAACUCGACAAUUUGAACAUAAGUUGUAACAAUUUAACACCUACAGCUGCAGAGUAUCUUAGUGAGGCUUUGAAGAGUGAAAAUUGCAAACUUACUGAAUUUUACAUUAAUGAAAACAACUUAGAUGCUGAAGGUACAAAACAUCUCAGUGAGACUUUAAAGAGUAAAAAUUGUAAACUUGCUGAAUUAUACAUCAAUAAAAACAAUUUAGGUGAUGAAGGUGCAAAAUAUCUUAGUAAAGCUUUGACAUAUAAAAAAUGUAAGCUUACCAUUCUUGAUAUUAGUUGCAAUAAUAUAGACGAUGAUGGUGCUAAUUAUGUUAGAGACGCAUUAAAAAAUAAAAAAUGCGUACUCACCGAAUUAAAUAUCAGCCAUAACAGAUUAACAGAUAAUGGAGCAGAGUGUUUUAGCGAAGCUUUGAAAACGAGAGUUGUAAACUUAAGAUUUUGA